AUGCACCAUGCUGGCCUCUCUGCUCAGUUCUCCAACUUUCUGGGGAACACUGCCAAAAUCAGUCCAGACUUAAUACUACUACCCCCUGUGGGCAAGCACAUCCCUCAGAGAGUCCGUGAGGACCUCAAGAUCAUUGCGGCACGGUUCAUCUAG